AUGUCUGGAAAAAGAAAGUAGAAAAACAUACGUAAACAAUGUCGUGUGUGAGCUAUUCAUGUCGCUGAAAAUCCCCAGACUAUGAGGAUGCUGUAAAGUUUUCAGCCAUACCCAUCCUCGUGAUUCUGUAAUGGAACCCCUAGCUCAGUUUGCGAUAGAGGUCCCUGACUUCAGCUCCCAGUAUGGAAGUGAGACGUCCAUUUCCUACACUGCGAGGAACUUGGCAGGAAAGUGUAACAUUUAUCCGGCUUAUGGAGAUUUUACACAGGCGUGUGUUUUUAGAACAUAUGGACCUUGGUGGAAAUAUGCACCAUCUGGGAAACGAAAAUUCAAACGCACACCUCCAAACUUUAUCAGUGAAGACUACAUAGAGUUGGAAUUUGAGUAUGAAGUUCAGCCGACAAAAAUUGAGAUCUGGGAGACCUACAAUCCAGGAACCAUUGUCAGAAUACUGGCAUGUGAUUCUUCAGGUACCGACGUGGACAAAGGAAUGGCCAGAUGGAAAGUGUUGUGGGAAGGAGGGCCGGAGAGAUGUCCACCGGAAUCACGAGUCUUCUGUCCACUACUCAGACAUGUCCAGUUCCAAACCAAGAUUAUCCGGUUGGAGUUUUGUCAUGAUCUGUGUGAUUAUUACACAGAACUAGAUGCUGUGUGUCUCUAUGGAGAGGAGCAGCAAGGUCAAUAUGUCAUGUCGGGGCUGGAAGGAGUGACCGUUGGACCUCAUUUGACGGACAUCAGUGAAAUUGAUCAAAGGCUUAGAGACGUCACACUCAGAGAACAAGAGUAUAAUGCAAAUGCUAACAAUACCAGUAUGACUAUAGAAGAACUUCCGGAAGAAGUUAUACAGUUGAUUUUAAGUUACCUCGAUAUCCCCUCCCUCUGCAGAGCCAGUAUUACCUCAAAAUUUUUUCAUACGCAUUGUUAUGAUUCACUACAGUACAAGGAACUGGACUUACAGCCUCACUGGACUGAGGUAAAUAGCUUUGCAAUAGAAUGUCUGCUGUCAAGGUGUCAUCAUCUUCAGCAUUUGAACAUAUCAUGGUGUGGUGGAAAUCAGAGUACAAUAUCUACUAGUACUUUCAGCAGAUUUUUAGAGGCGUGUGGCAGGGAUCUCCUUACUCUCUACAUGUCUUCUUGUAAAUUUGUGAAUGGGGACGUUUUAAAGGCUGUGGGAAAACAUUGUCCAAAACUCAGAGAGUUGGAUGUGGGGAGUUGCCAGUCUCUAAAUGGCCAGUCUUUAUCGCACCUAUCAAAGAUCCAUACACUUGAACGGCUCAAUUUAUACAGGUUAACAGUGAAUAAAGACAGCCUUAUAGAAGUUCUUCAAGUGUCUCCUAACUUAAAGCACUUAAAUUUAGGAUCUACAAGAAUUAAUGAACAGAACAUAGAUCAUGUUAUGAGUGUAUUGGGUAUACAUUGCAAAAAUCUUAUCUCUCUUGACCUAUGGAGGAGUCGUGUUUCAGAGAAUGGUUUAAGUCAUAUGUCUGACAAUUGUAAAUAUAUCGAGGAACUAGACCUGGGUUGGUGUGUAAAUUUAAGGUCAGGAACGCAUUGUUUUAUUGACUUAGUGAAGAAGUGUCCCAACAUCAAGAAGUUAUUCUUAACAGCUAAUAGGACUAUUUGCAAUGAAGACCUGGUAACCUUUUCUAAGCACUGUCCAAUGUUAGAACAGCUAGAUAUUUUGGGUACAGGAAAUGUUCAUGUGGAAAGUGUAUACAGUGUUCUUACGCAGUGUCCAAAGUUAAUAUUCCUAGACGUCUCCUUCUGCGCUAACGUCCUCGUGGAGAACAUAGGCAUUUGGAGAACACAGUUCCCAAGAUGCAGCAUAAAAAGAAGCUUCCAGGAUUAGCUCCCCCCCCCAUAUUUAAUGGUUAUGUACGAGAUAAUAAAAAUAUUUUCAUAACACCA